GCUGAGCUUGAAGUGACCUUAUAAAGUUAAUCAACCUUCACAUAUGUUUUUCUUUCGAGUGGUCGGAUAAGUUUCUUUUUUUGUGUUACCUACUCUCUCACAAGAUUCAAUAACCUUAUCUGCAUGCAGGGGGGUCUGGUUCUUACCUGAAUCCACCCUUGAAGUCGCAGAAGAGAUAUCAAAAACAUUCAGCCUCAAAUUCCAAUCAUGGCUACAAGAACAUAUUCCCCAAUCCCAGGAACGGAAACCAAAAUUUCGAUUCCGAUAUCGUCCUUCAAUCGUCUCUCCAAAGUAGUCAGUCUCUACGAGCCCCCGGACUCACCUCUACCGCUCCCUACAGCACCGACAACCAUCCUCCUCUGUUCAUGGAUGAAUGCCUCCCCAAAACAUAUCGCCAAGUACACAUCCUCGUACAUCCGUCUCUUCCCCGGCGCACGAAUCCUAAUCGCCACCAUCAAUACCGCGCAAUUCCUGCUACAAUCCGAAAAGACACGUCGGUCAGACAUAAAAGCCGCCGUCACAGCGUUAUUAGCGCGCCCACUGGAAGAUGAGAGGUUAUUGAUGCAUGCAAUCAGUAAUGGUGGUGCAAAAAGAUUAUAUGGAAUUGCGGGUGCGUUUAGGGAGUUGGCUGGAAAGCCGUUGAUGCCUUUUGCUUAUAUUCUUGAUUCGGCGCCGGGGAUCCCGCAGUUUAGGAGGGAUGUACAUGCGCUUACUGUGCCGGUUAAGGGGUGGCCUUGGUGGGCUAAGGCGCCGUUUUAUGUGGUGGUUUAUAUGAUCACUUGUUUUGUUUAUGUUAGUGUUAAUUGUAAGUCUCUUCUUUCUCAUUUUUCCUCCCCUUUCCCUUUCCAUCUUCAUAUCAUCCCUCCUUUUCAUAGCCCGAUUUCCUAGCUGAUACCCAUUUUAGGGAUGCCAAAAUGGUUCUGGCACCAACUCGUCUGGGCACCCCAUGACGCUUCCGUGAACCAUGAUCAGAUCCCUCAGAAAUGUCUUAGAGCUUUUGUCUACAGCAAGGAAGAUAAAGCUAUCGACUACAAGAACGUUGAGACCCACGCUAAGCUUUGUGAGGGCAAGGGAUAUAAAGUCAUCAAGAAGAGAGUUGAGAAUGCGGAGCACGCGCAGAUGUUCCGAGGGAAGGGAGGUGAAGAGGACUAUUGGGGAUUUGUACAAAAGGCUUGGAAGAUGGGUUAUCUUAAGGAGAACGCGGAUGGAGUUUAACUUUCGUUCUAGGUGGGACUCGAAGGGGAAGGCUGGAGUUCAGGAGUUUGAGAACUGAUGCUGGGAGUUACUAGAGUUGCUUUGCAAUUGUUUCUUUGCAGUUGUUUCUUUGCUUGGGAAGAGAGGAUGAAGUUAGAAAAUACAGUUCAUACGACAGAGGAGAGGCUUUUCGGCAGUGG